AUGGUUAAUAAGGCAUUGAUAACAGUUCUGGUUUUGUGCCUUAUCCAAUCUGUGCUCACUUUGGGAUCACUGACACCAUCAGCGGCAUUCAGAGCCAACAUGCAACAGCGUCAACGUUCCCCAAACACGUUGUUCUACAUGGAUGAGGCACCAUCCCGACAAUAUGUUGAUGAGAUUAAGGAGCCCAUCUACAAACGUUUCAAGCCGUGCUACUACUCGCCAAUUCAAUGUCUCAUUAAGAAAAAGUAG